AAGAACCUUUGUUUGAUACCGUGGGGGUUUAUUCUCUAUUUUUUAAAUUCUUCAAAGUUCUAAAAUGAGGCUCUCAGUGGUUUUCUUUGUUAUGAUGUGCAUUGUGCUGUUAUGCACGUUUACCGAAGCUGAAAAUGGAGCCAGCGUAGAAGCACGUCAUCAUCACCAUCACCAUGGACAUCACCACGGUCAUCACCAUGGGCAUCAUCAUGGACAUCAUCAUCAUCACGGGCACCAUCAUCAUCAUGGUCAUCACCACCAUCAUCACCACGGGCAUCAUCAUCAUCAUGGUCACCACCACCAUCAUGGACAUCAUCAUGGACAUCAUCAUCAUCAUGGCCAUCAUCACCAUCACGGACAUCACCAUGGUCACCACCAUCAUCAUGGACAUCAUCACUAAUACUGAUUGUUUUGUACCUUUUCUAGAAAACUACUUGAAAAAUAAAGUUAAUAUUAUGUA